AUGAUUCUAGCCCUUGGUGCCGGCGGUUUAGCCUUGGCCUUCGCCGCCGUCACCGCAGCCCGGGUCCUAUCCGCAGACAAGGGGACAGCCCAAGUCCAAGCGAUAGGAAACGCAAUACAAGAAGGAGCAAACGCCUUUCUCAGGCGGGAGUAUAUGACGCUCCUGCCCUUUGCCCUGAUUGUAACCGUUGCCUUGGCCAUUCUCGACUACACCCUGUUUACCCACAACCUAGGCUUACCCGCCACCGCCAUAUCCUAUGUGGCCGGCACCAUCUGCUCCGGCCUGGCCGGCAUAGUUGGCAUGAACGUCGCGGUGCGAGCCAACGUCAGGACCGCCUCCGCCGCCCAACGAGGUCUUAACCCCGCGCUGCGCGUCGCCUUCUCCAGUGGCACCGUGAUGGGCGUGACGGUGGUGGGAAUCGGUCUGUUGGGCGUAACCACUCUCUACUUGGUAUUUCAGAACAUCAGCGCAGUCGCCGGCUUCGGUUUUGGCGCAAGCUCCAUCGCCCUGUUCGCCAGGGUCGGCGGAGGCAUCUUCACCAAGGCCGCCGAUGUCGGGUCAGACUUGGUUGGAAAGAUAGAGGCGGGGAUUCCUGAGGACGACCCGCGCAACCCUGGAGUCAUCGCCGACAACGUGGGCGACAACGUGGGCGACGUAGCCGGCAUGGGCGCGGACCUGUUCGAGUCUUACGUAGGCAGCAUAAUCUCCGCCGUAGCCCUGUCGGCCAGCGCCGUAGCCUUGGCAGUGGGCGCCAGCGGAGGCAGUUACACCGAUCCCCAAUCCGUAUUCCCCAUGCUUUUAGCAGGGGCAGGCAUCAUAGCCGCAAUACUGGGCCCCUUCGUGGUGAGGAGCGGUGAGCAGGCCGAUUUUGAACGGCUGCUAUGGGCACUGCGGUACGGCAUAUUCACUGCCGGAGGACUGUUGAUAGUCUUCGCGGCCAUCCUGACCAUUACCUUCACCGGUUACUGGUCCUGGUUUGGCUGCGUGGUUGCAGGCUUGGUAGCGGGCACGAUUAUCGGACUUGCGACGGAGUACUAUACGUCGUACAGCUACAUGCCCACGAAGCGGGUCUCCGAGUCCUCGCAGACAGGGGCAGCGACCGUUAUUAUCAGCCGUAUCGCCACCGGUAUGCUCAGUACCCUGAUUCCGGUAGUUUGUGUGUCCGUGGCAAUACUGCUGGCCUACUGGUUUGCCGGAUUCUACGGAGUUGCGUUGGCCGGAGUCGGGUUGCUUUCCACACUGGGGAUUACCUUGGCAACCGACGCAUACGGCCCGGUGGCCGACAAUGCGGGCGGGAUCGCGGAACAGGCCCAGUUGGACCCCGAAGUGAGGGAACGCACCGAUGCGCUGGACGCCCUUGGCAACACCACGGCGGCAACUGGCAAGGGGUUCGCAAUAGGCUCCGCCGCGCUUACAGCCUUAGCAUUGUUGGCAGCCUACUCGGUCAGCGCCAAGCUGAUUACAUUGGGUGAGGAUGGGCGUCUGGCCACGGGCUCCGCCGGCAUCAACCUUCUGCAACCCCAAAUACUGGUCGGCUUGAUCAUCGGCGCCAUGCUGCCAUUCCUGUUCUCGGCGCUGACGAUGCAGGCGGUGGGACGCGCCGCCCAAGGAAUCGUGGACGAAGUCAGACGCCAGUUCCGGGAGAUUCCCGGCUUGAUGGAAGGCACCGCCCAGCCCGAUUCCGCCCGUUGCGUGGACAUCAGCACGCGGAGCGCGUUGCGGGAAAUGAUCCUGCCCGGGGUGAUGGCCGUCGUAGCUCCCAUCGCCACAGGGUUCAUUCUAGGGGAGGCUGCAUUGGGCGGAUUGCUCAUCGGAGCGGUUUCCUCCGGGUUCAUGCUGGCGAUAAUGAUGGCAUCGGCGGGCGGGUCGUGGGACAACGCCAAGAAGUACGUUGAGCUGGGGAAUUUCGGCGGCAAGGGGUCCGAUGCCCACAAAGCAGCAGUCGAGGGCGACGUAGUCGGAGACCCGUUCAAGGACACAUCUGGGCCAUCGCUGAACAUCCUGCUCAAGCUGAUGGCCAUUGUGUCGCUGGUGUUCGCGCCCGUGUUCCUGAAGGCAACCCCCCUCAUCAACCUAGCAUAA